AUGGGGGAAGAGGUGAAAGGAGGAAGAGAAGAGGGGAGAGGGGGGAAGAACAAUGGCUUCCUCCCCCCUCAAAGUGGAAAAAGCUCUAAGAGUUGCGUGUUGGUGAUUCUAGAGAGGAAAAAACAGGGGGAACAAGUUUCUCGAGUUUCUCUUCACGAGUUUCAGCCACUUUCCAUGACGCAAGGUCGGGGUCGUUACGAGUAG